AUGGCACCAGAAAAGCGAGACGAGCAGAGCAGGGGGUACCUCGAGUGCUUGGCUAAGACCAUGAUUUCCAGCCUCUCCGCGGGUACUUUGCAAGCUGUCAACCAGCUUCCUGGUGUCCGUGUCGGGCGGGGGAGCUGCCUACAGCACCUCAGGGCAGCAAUCCCUGUCGAGCCAAACCAGCGGGAUUGGCUACUGGAGCUUCAAGACAGGGGUUCUCAGCUUGCUUGGGGACUGGCGAGCUGGGAAAGUGCCAGGUUGGGUGCCUUCCCGGAAAGGUUGCACUUGGAAUGGAAGCACCAGAGGGAAGCGGGGGCGGUUUACUACGUACCUUGCCUAGCUGCAUGGCGCUGGGCAGGGCAGGGCAGGCUUGGGGAAGAGCCGAACAUCCAGCUUGGUCAGGGUCGCCGAGACCGAAAGCUCAUUCCUCCAAUACAAGAUGCGACACCAUUCGUCCGCGCUUACAUUCCUCUCUACUGCAUCCACCUCUGCGACAUUGAAUUCCGCCAAGUUUAUCCGAUCAGACUCCCUACACGCUCCUUGACCCGCACCGGCAGAAGCAAGUCAUCGAUCGUCACCAGUCGACGCACUGCUGGUACAUCCAUGCUUCAGAGGCUCGAUGCCGUCGACGACUCGCUACCUAUCUUAAUACCCUACAAAUUCCGAGCUUAUCACCUUGAAUCAAUCGAUUGUCAGGGAAGUUCGUGGCUGGAUGGGGGCCGAGGUCCUGGCACAGCAGAGCUCCGCCAACGGUCAAACUUGGGCACCCUGACCAACGGUCAAGCUACCAAACAACGGUCGAAUCACGCCACAAUCACACCUAUGGAUACACUAAACUCGGUGGUCCGUCGCCAACUAGGUAUUGCUGCCCACGAUCUGACGAAUGCUCAUUUCACCUCUCCGUGGCCAGUGUCUUUUGCCGCUACAACGAUGCGAAACAUGCCGUGGUACAAUUCAUUUCCCAGCGAUUCCUACAAAGAAAGGGGAGUUGGAAACCAGUCAAAUGCGAGCUGCGCAAGCUCAACCAAGUUAGCCAUGGCGUACAGCCUCGCCGUUGAUUUCGCCGCCGUCUUGGCAGCUAUUUCCAAGACAGGCUCGGUUCCUGGCGAUCUCUACCGGCCGAACGCUAACAACAGCACGACUUUAUCCACGCGUACAUGCGCGAAACGAAUCAUGCACCCACGAGCCAAGGCUUCCUUCUACCAGACACCACGCAGACGUAUACACUCGCACGCAUCGAGUUUCCGAUCCUGCAAUGAGGAAAGAUGCCGUUCGUCGACGGCAAGAUUGAGAUCAUCUGAAGAGAACUAUUGCUACACUGUCCACGUAAAUGCUACGCAAACCAACUAG